GUCAAACUGAAACAUGUAACCACUCAUUGAAGAUUUAUAUCCAUGGGUUCAUCAUGCUCAUGUCAGGACAGAUUGUGUGGAAUAAGGUGCCAGUUGAUGCAGUCGGCUAAGCGUCGUCGUGCAAUGAAGGGCUGCCAAUGCAACGCUUGGAGGCCUUCUUGCAUGAGGAUAAGGAGGAAAACAAGCUAUACCUGUUCUUGUAACCGUCGUAGUCGCAAAGACAAAUCGAUGAGUAUAGUUAGAUGUGGAGAAGCACCUAAAGAGUGUCCCGUGCACGGGCUAGAUAAAGUGAAGGGUCCACCAAGCAAUACUAAUACGUGCAGCGCAAAGGGGCCAGAUCGAAAAAACGUCUGUCGUUUCACAGUUGAUGCCUAUUUCACAUGA